GGAAUUGCUACGUCAAUUGUAUUAUUCGACACAGCUGUCCUUCUGUACAUUUUGUACAACGCACCCAAACUCAUCCUCGCAUCUUGAUUGCACAACAUCCAUUUACCACGGUCUGCAUUUCACCUCAACAAUGACGGAAAGCUCUCUAGCAGCUGAAGACGCGGCUGCCGCGAAAACCAUAUCGCAGGCUUCUCUACGCAAGAAGCGCCGCGAGGCUAAGAUCAAGCUUGGCGGAGCCGACCGACUGAACAAGAUAACGGGGCUCGGCGGAGGCAUACAACGAGAUCCCCUGCCGCAGUCGUUUUCAGACCCUAACACGGCGCCGGAACAAACAACCACAACUUCAUCUUCACCAGCUGCUGACGCGACGGCCGCCCCGGCUCCAGAACAACAUGGCGAUCCGGAGGAGGUAGAUAUUUCGGAACACUUCUACAAGCCACCUACUACAAACCGCCAGCCGACUCCUAGCGACCUACCCGACGACAUCUCCGACGCGCAGAUCCGGCAGCUCCUGCUCGGCGGCAUGGGAGGCAUGGGCGGCACGCCCCCACCACCAGGCGCAAACCCAUUCAUGAACAGCCCCGGCCUCGGCCCGAUGCCCGGAAUGGAGGGCAUGGACGAAGACCCGAUGAUGAAGAUGCUGCAGCAGAUGAUGUCCGGAGGCGGGAUGCCCGGCUCCGGCGGCGCGAACCCGUUCGCCGGAACGCCGAUGGAGGGACUGAUGGGCGGUCUAGGCGGUCUGAAUGCCGGAGCCGGCGCGCCGAAUCCAAUGCAGCAGGCCCAGCAGGUCGCGACGAAUAAGACGGCGAACUUGUGGCGGAUACUGCAUGCCGUGUUUGCGCUGGGUCUGGGGCUGUAUGUUGCGUUCAGCACGACGUUCACGGGCUCCCUUGCUGAGCGCAAGAACGCUUCUAUUAGCAGCAGUGGUGGUGGUGUUGGCGAUGUGGAUACAGGCGAUAUCGAGCGCACGCGCGCGUAUUUCUUCUAUGUGUUUACGUCUGUGGAGGCGGUGCUGCUUACGACGCGGUAUUUCUUCGAUAAGGGGCGCGAGCCCCCGAAGGGUUGGAUGUGGACGGUUACGGGGUUCUUGCCUGGGAGGGUUAAGGCGUAUGCGCAGCAUGCGUUGAGGUAUGGGCAGAUACUGGGGACUGUGAGGAGCGAUGCGCUGGUUUGUGUUUUUGUGUUGGGGGUUUGUAGUUGGUUGCGGUCGUGAGAUUGGGGAUGGUGAUGAUGGGGUCAUGUAUGUGGCUCUCAUGGGUGAUGAUAGAAAUGUAGUAAUACUAUGAUUUUUCACAAGGUGGUUGGUUUGGUUCGUUUCGUUUGCGAUGGUAUCUUCGGCGCUGCUUUCGACGUUACGCCUAGACACGCGGAUUUAACGGAUUGGAUGGAAUCUCCGGUUCUUCAACCACCACGAAAGUCAAUGACUACACUAAUUCAGAGACAUGUUCAAAUAUCAGUAUCUCUCGAG